UAUUCUACUCGGGAUUUCUUCCAACUUUGCAAUUGCGUGCUUCUUACAAUUAAAUUAAUAUUAACAUUUUACAUCGCCUUUCAUCAGAUCUUUUUAUGUAUGUAGAGUUCUUACCAAGUAAAAUGGGAAGAUCAAAAAUCAAAGUGGAACUUAUUCAAGAUCACAAGAAGAGGAUGACAACUUUAGUGAAACGGAAGGCUGGCUUAGUCAAGAAAAUCUCCCAACUCUCAAUACUUUGUAACAUCAAAGCAUGCAUGAUCAUAUAUGAAGGAAAUAAUCAUCAACAUGAUCAAAUCUGGCCAAAUGAUCCAAAUGAAGUUAAGGAGCUAAUAAAUCUCUACAAAAACCAACCAUUCCAAGGCCGGAGCAAAAGGGACAAGACCUUGUCCAACUACUUUGAAGAUGAUCAAAAGAAAAAGGUUGAUAUCGUACCAAAAAAGUAUCCCACUUGGGAUUCAAGAUUUGACUAUUUAUCUGAAAAAGAAUUGCAGAAUCUUGUUGGACUUCUUGAGAAAAAGAUGGAGAAUGCAAAAGGAAAAGUUGAAUUCUUGAAAAACAAGAAAAUUCAAGAUUCAAAUAUUGCAAGUUCUCUUUCUCAUCAAGAAAUAUGGGACUUCCCUGAGCUCUUGAACGACAACAACUUGACGAACCAAACUACUCUGUGGCCUAUUUCUUAUGUGAAUCCUUUUACCGAUUACAACAACUUCUUUCAAGCAAAUAUUCCAAUUAUUGGUGUGAAUUCAAUGGCAGAGGGUAUGGAUAAUGGGCUUCUUACUAUCGAGGACUAUCAAUUUUGCAAUGCAAAUUAUUCUACGAUGAUUGAGGCAGAAAACUGGUUGGCAAAUGAUGAAAGUGGUUCAAGUUUGACAAUGCAGCCUAUGGGGAAUAAUGAUGGGGUUGGUUCAACUUCAACUAUGCAACCUAUGAAUCAGUACCCUUUCAUAUACAAUGACUCUACUCAUGAUAUGCCUUAUGGAUUCCUCUAGAUUUUAUUUUUGAUCAUCAGUAUAUAUAUAUUUAGCAGUUCCUCGCUGUUGGAGUAAACAAAUUAGGAACUGUUUUUUUGUUAGAUUAAA